CUCAUUACCGAAUACGUCGAAUAUGCCUUCCUCAUUAUCUUUCUGAUAGAGGCUCUGCUAAAGAUAUGUGCCCAAGGCUUUCUCUUCCAUCCAGGCGCGUAUCUACGGAACGGAUGGAAUAUAUUAGAUUUUCUCAUCGUAGCUGUAGGGGUUAUAAGUACAAUUUUAUCGUUAAGAAAUGUCGAGAACACCAAUUUUGAUGUGAAAGCUCUCCGCGCCUUCAGAGUAUUCAGGCCUCUACGUCUAGUUUCAGGGGUGCCAAGUUUACAAGUUGUUUUGAAUUCCAUUUUCCGUGCCAUGGUGCCCCUCCUCCACAUUGCCCUUCUCGUCAUCUUCGUCAUCAUCAUCUAUGCUGUAAUUGGUCUGGAGCUCUUCAUGGAGUAUAUGCAUAAAACGUGUUAUUUCAAAGACACAUCCAUAAUAGCGAUGGACGACCCCCAUCCGUGUGGGAACGGAUUCAGGUGCACGGACCUCCUCGAGGUCGGUAUCAACAACACGGAUUGUUUAGAGAAGUGGGAGGGUCCAAACGAUGGCAUCACCACGUUUGAUAACAUCGGGCUUGCCAUGCUGACCGUGUUCCAGUGCAUCACCAUGGAAGGUUGGACGGACAUCAUGUAUGACAUCAAUGACGGUGCUGGUCCCUGGUGGCCGUUCCUCUACUUUGUGAGUCUCAUCAUCAUUGGUUCAUUCUUUGUCCUCAACCUGGUUCUUGGUGUCCUAAGUGGGGAAUUCUCCAAGGAGAGAGAAAAGGCCAAAGCAAGAGGAGCGUUUCAGAAGCUACGAGAGAAGCAACAGAUAGAGGAGGAUCUCCGAGGCUACUUAGACUGGAUCACACAAGCAGAGGAUAUUGAUCCUGAUAAUGACAGUGAGCAAAACCCAGUUCCCAAACCUAUUAGCGAGUCUGAUUCAGAUGAUAAAUCAGAAGAAAUGGGAAGCAGUGAAAUACCUCAGCAACAAUGGAUGCAGAAAGAAAGGCGUCAACUCAGACGAUGGAAUAGAAGGUGUCGUAGGUUAUGUCGGCAGGCAGUGAAAUCGCAAGCAUUCUAUUGGAUCGUCAUCAUCAUGGUCUUCUUCAACACAGUGAUCCUAGCCUCGGAGCACUAUAGCCAGCCUGCGUGGCUCACAGAUUUUCAAGACUUUGGCAACUUGUGCUUUGUGGUCAUCUUCACGAUUGAGAUGAUAAUCAAGAUGUACAGCCUGGGUCUUCAGGGCUACUUUGUGUCGCUCUUCAACCGUUUUGAUUGUUUUGUGGUGUGUAGCAGUAUCAUAGAAGUCGUCUUCAUCUAUGCCCAUAUCAUCCCUCCCAUUGGUAUCAGCGUCUUACGCUGCGUCAGACUACUCAGGGUCUUUAAAGCAACCAGAUACUGGACAGCGCUGAGGAACCUGGUUGCAUCCCUCCUGAACAGUAUGCGCUCCAUCGCCAGCUUGCUAUUGCUUCUCUUUCUCUUCAUCCUCAUCUUUGCUCUCUUGGGAAUGCAAGUCUUUGGAGGCCAUUUUAACUUUGACAGCACCAAGCUCAAGCCUCGAAGCAACUUUGAUUCCUUCUUUCAGUCGCUCUUCACUGUGUUCCAAAUCUUAACUGGUGAAGACUGGAACGAGGUGAUGUACGAUGGCAUUCAGGCUUACGGUGGAGUCAAGUCAAUUGGAUUCCUUGCUAGCACCUACUUUAUCAUCUUGUAUAUCUGUGGUAACUACAUCCUACUCAACGUGUUCUUGGCCAUUGCCGUGGACAACCUGGCCGAUGCCGAAUCCCUCACAGCCUUAGAGAAGGAGAAGGAGGAGGAGAAGAGGAACAAUCAUCCGUGGACCCAAGAGGUUACAGGAGAAGAGGAAAGCUAUGAAGAUGACAAAGAAGAAGAAGAAGCAGAGUCUCUAACAACAGCUUCCGCUAGACCAAGGAGGCUUUCAAAUAUCAACAUACCCACCAAAACAAGACCCAUACCCAAAGCAAAUUCCCUUUUUGUAUUCUCCAACACAAAUAGAUUUCGUCGUUUGUGUUAUAACCUCGUGAAUCAUCCUUAUUUUACCAAUGUGGUGCUGGUUCUUAUCCUCAUAAGCAGCACUAUGUUGGCAGCUGAGGAUCCACUCGAUGAAGAUAAAAGGAGAAAUUAUAUAUUGAGCCUUUUUGAUUACGGAUUUACUUCAAUAUUUACAAUUGAAAUUCUUCUAAAGGUUGUUGCCUAUGGACUUGUUUUCCAUCAAGGUGCCUUCUGUCGUAACUCUUUCAAUUUAUUGGAUCUGCUAGUUGUAACUGUAGCCUACAUUUCAAUCAUAUUCGAUGAUACGAAAAUCUCUGCAGUGAAGACUCUGAGAGUUCUCAGGGUUCUUAGGCCACUUCGAGCUAUCAACAGAGCUAAGGGGCUUAAGCACGUGGUUCAGUGUGUGUUUGUGGCCAUCAAGACGAUAGGGAACAUCAUGCUCGUUACACUGCUCCUAGUCUUCAUGUUUGCCUGCAUUGGGGUGCAACUGUUCCGUGGAAGAUUCUUUUCCUGUAACGACUCCUCGAAGCUCUAUGAGGAAGACUGUCAAGGUCAUUAUUUUGUAUACAAGAAUGGAGACUUGGAUCAAGUAUCAGUUGAACAGCGUGUAUGGAGUAAGAAUGAAUUCCACUUUAAUGAUGUAGGAAAUGCUAUGCUGGCUCUCUUUACCGUCGCAACGUUUGAAGGUUGGCCAAAGCUUCUGUAUGUGGCUGUAGACUCUACCGAGGAUGAUAAGGGUCCAGUGCACAGCUCUCGCAUGCCUGUAGCGGUCUUCUUCUUUGCGUACAUCAUCGUCAUCGCUUUCUUCAUGGUCAACAUCUUCGUGGGUUUCGUCAUUGUCACCUUCCAGAAUGAGGGAGAGCAAGAAUACAAGAAUUGUGAACUAGACAAAAAUCAGAGAAAUUGUCUAGCGUUUGCCCUCAAAGCAAAACCUGUGCGGAAGUACAUCCCCAAGAAUCCAAAGCAACAUUUAGUUUGGAAGCUUGUCACGUCUCGGGCUUUUGAGUACUUCAUAUUUGUUCUCAUCAUGGUUAAUACCAUUAUUCUUGCCAUGAAGUAUCGCACACAAACGGAAGCCUACAAGAAUGUGUUGGACUACAUGAACAUUGUGUUUACAGCGGUUUUCACCGUUGAGUUUCUACUCAAGAUCAUUGCAUACAAGCCCAAGAAUUACUUCCGGGAUUAUUGGAACGCGUUUGAUUUCAUCAUUGUGUUAGGGAGCAUCAUAGAUAUAAUGAUUGACAUGUUUAGUGCGAAUGAGAAGAAGCAGUUCAGCAUCAACUUCUUCCGGUUGUUUCGAGUCAUGAGAUUGAUCAAGCUCCUAAGCAGGGGAGAAGGAAUUCGAACUCUGCUGUGGACAUUUAUCAAGUCUUUCCAGGCCCUGCCAUAUGUAGCGUUAUUAAUCGUCAUGUUGUUUUUUGUAUAUGCUGUUAUUGGAAUGCAGAUGUUUGGUAAAAUCAAGCUAUCGUUGGAUGGAGCUCUAAAUCGGAAUAAUAACUUCCGUACAUUCCCCACUGCUGUAAUGGUGCUAUUCAGAUCAGCUACAGGUGAAGCAUGGCAACAGAUUAUGAUGGCAUGUUCACAAUCACCCAAGGCACCGUGCCAAAGAGAUGAUACAGAGAUAUGUGGCAAUAAUUUUGCCUAUGUAUAUUUCAUCUCUUUCUACUCCAUCUGUUCAUUCCUGAUCAUUAAUUUAUUUGUAGCUGUCAUCAUGGAUAAUUUUGAUUAUCUAACACGUGAUUGGUCGAUUCUAGGACCACACCAUCUAGAUGAAUUUGUCAGACAAUGGUCAGAGUUCGACCCGGACGCAACGGGUCGUAUCAAGCAUUUAGAUGUAGUGACGUUACUACGCUCCAUAUCCCCUCCCCUAGGUUUUGGGAAACUUUGCCCUCAUAGAAUUGCAUGCAAGAGAUUGGUGACAAUGAAUAUGCCGCUCAAUAGUGAUGGUACCGUCAUGUUCAACGCUACACUGUUUGCACUCAUCAGAACAUCAUUAAAAAUAAAAACAGAAGGUAAUAUAGAUCAGUGUAAUGAGGAGCUAAGAGCAGUCAUCAAGAAGAUUUGGAAAAGGACAAGUACUAAACUCUUGGACCAAGUUGCUCCACCAGCAGGGGCCGAUGAUGAUGUGACAGUCGGCAAAUUUUAUGCAACAUUCCUGAUUCAGGACUACUUCCGUCGUUUCAAGAAGCGCAAGCAAGAGGGUUUGAAGAUCCCGGGACAACCAGACAGCACCUUUGCACUUCAGGCUGGAUUAAGAACUCUGCAUGAGAUUGGACCACAGAUCAAGAGGGCUAUAUCAGGCAAUCUGGAGGGCAUGGACGAGAAUGAACAGUUCGAGCAUGAUGAACCAAAUCAUAGGCGGAGUCACUCGUUAUUUGGCACCGUGCUCAACAUGUACCACAACCGUCGUCAGUCCACCCCCAUGGCCAACACCCACUACCAGGGUCGCGACCCCCCUCCAGCCUACUACCCUAACAACGCCACCAACAACCUGGUGAGCUCGCCUCCGUCCAACCAGCACCGCAAGCUGUCUCCAGCGAACAGUCUCAACAACUACAACCACAAUCCUCAGAACAAGUCCCCGUUCAACAUGUCCUCCUCCAAGUCUCCUUCGGCCAUCAGGGGACGGGGCGGACCUUACUCCCCCAACGCCAACUCCCUGCAGGUGUCCUCGCCCCAUACCAGAGGCUUCUCACCGGUCGGUAACAGGAAUCCCGGAGGGAGGGGCAUGCCCAAUAACAGAGGGCCUGGCAAUAGAUAUAGCACAAAAGAAGGCAGACAACCCCUCCUCCAAAAUGAAGAUCGUCAUCACCACCAUCAUCAUAACAACAAUCAUCAUCACUCUCCCGAUUCGCCUUAUGAUGAUGAUGAUGUGGAGGAGAUAGAACCCAAGGCUCCAUCUUCACCACAGGUAGUAGAUGAGGAGUAUCAACCAGAACCAUACCAACAGCCUUACAGAGAACCCUAUAGGGACUACUCAAGGGAACCUCCCACCCUAAGAACAGAGUGUUACCAGGAGGAAGAUGAGGACAACCUUUCAGAGACCUCAUCUCAUCCUCCUACCUCACCCCUUCUAAGCCCUCAACGAUCCCCUUCAUCAUCCCGUGGCCACAGCCCUACCCCACCCCCACAUCAGAACUCCAGUAACCACCCCUCCUCCCCCUCCCCGACCAAGCUCACCCUGGACUUCUCCACGACGGUGCCAUCACCUACCGAAACAAGUCUUCCAAAGCUUGAGGGUGAGAGUAUAGGGAGCCGCAGUGUGACCCACAGUCCCCGCAAGUCACCUGCCGGUUCACCGAGCAGACGACUGUUGCUGCCCUCUGGCAAAUCAGAUGGUUUAGUGCCUGCAGGGGAUCGCAAGACGGCCGUGCCUCUCAAGCUAGCUCAGGCACAGGUCAUGGCAGUGGCCGGUAUGACACCCGAGGGCAAGACGCGCAACUCGACGGGACGAAUGUGGCUCACACCCCCCUCUUCCCCACGCCGGAUCCGCUCCUCCCUUCACACCCCUGCACCCCGCCCCACCACCCAGAGCUCUCAUCUCCUCCCCACCACGGGAUCGACGUCCAACUCGACGUCGACUCACAUGAUGGUGAAGGAGCCUCUGGCGCAGAGGCACUCCACCGGGGAGAUCGGGACGUCGCGCGAUCCCUCUGCGGCAUUCUUCAAGUCACUAACCAAACCUAAGACAUCUGUGCCUAGAAAUAACCCCAGUCCAGAAGAAGUAGCGGGUAGUGCAGAGAGUUUAGUAGCUCAGGUGCUAGCAGGGGAAGGCAUCUCGCCCAUUCGUGACAGGGACCUAAUCAACAUGGCCGAACGUGAGUUAGCCGAAGCCUGUAACAUGACCCAGGCUCAGCUGGACUCUGCUGCCCAUCGCAUCCUCUUCCCAAAGGACAAGCUGGCCAACGUCCCCGUCGUAACCACGACGGUCACCCAGGACACCCAGCUGCCGUAUUUUGACCAUCUGGGCGGCUACGAGCUGCGGGACUACACGCGCAGGUCGGGGGGUCACGAUCGGACUAACGAUGAUGACGAUGAGGAGGGUGGAAGGCGGGCGGGGCGCGAGGCAGACAGCGAUACAGAGUCGGGAACAAUAGAGGCUGAUGAACAUGGGGUGCUCUAUGUGACUACAUUAUAG